AUGGCUGCGGCGACGGCGAUGCGGGGUGGCAGCAGCGACAGAGGCGGCGCGGGGCCGGACUCGGGCAAGUACGUGCGGUACACGCCAGAGCAGAUCGAGGCGCUCGAGCGGGUCUACGCUGACUGCCCCAAGCCCACGUCCUCGCGCCGGCAGCAGCUGCUGCGCGAGUGCCCCACGCUCGCCAACAUCGAGGCCAGGCAGAUCAAGGUCUGGUUCCAGAACAGAAGGUGCCGAGAUAAGCUGCGGAAGGAGUCUUCUCGGCUUGAGUCUGUCAACAGAAAAGUGGCUGCUAUGAACAAGCUUCUUAUGGAGGAGAACGAACGCCUACAGAAACAGGUCUCCCAGCUGGUUCACGAGAAUGCACAAGUGCGGCAGCAGCUCAAGAAUAGUUCGAUGGCAAAUGAUACAAGCUGUGAGUCAAAUGUAACUACCCCUCAAAACCCUCCAAGGGAUGCAAGUAACCCUUCUGGGCUCCUUUCAAUUGCAGAGGAGACCCUGACAGAAUUCCUCUCGAAGGCUACUGGAACAGCUAUUGAUUGGGUCCAGAUGCCUGGGAUGAAGCCUGGUCCGGAUUCGGUUGGUAUCGUGGCCAUUUCACAUGGUUGCCGUGGUGUUGCUGCCCGCGCCUGUGGUUUGGUGAAUCUAGAACCAACAAGAGUUGUAGAGAUCUUGAAAGAUCGACCGUCUUGGUUCCGUGAUUGUCGAAGCCUGGAAGUUUUCACGGUGUUACCAGGUGCAAAUGGAGGAACGAUUGAACUUGUUUACACACAGCUGUAUGCUCCAACAACUUUAGUCCCUGCACGUGAUUUUUGGACUCUAAGGUAUACAACCAUAGUGGAAGAUGGCAGCCUUGUGGUCUGCGAGAGAUCCUUGAGUGGUUCUGGGGGUGGUCCAAGUGCAGCUUCUGCACAGCAGUUUGUUAGAGCUGAAAUGCUUCCAAGUGGAUAUUUAGUUCGCCCCUGUGAAGGUGGAGGUUCCAUUGUGCAUAUAGUGGACCAUCUGGAAUUUGAGGCAUGGAAUGUUCCUGAAGUGCUCCGGCCUCUCUAUGAGUCUUCUAGGGUAGUUGCUCAGAAAAUUACUGCUGCGGCACUCCGCCACGUCAGACAAAUUGCUCAAGAAACGAGUGGUGAGGUGGUCUAUCCCUUGGGCAGGCAACCUGCAGUACUAAGAACCUUUAGUCAAAGGCUGAGCAGAGGCUUUAAUGAUGCCAUCAGCGGUUUCAAUGACGAUGGUUGGUCUAUAAUGGGUGGAGAUGGCAUUGAAGAUGUAGUUGUUGCUUGCAACUCAACUAAGAAAAUUAGGAACAUCAGCAAUGGUGGCAAUGCUUUUGCAGCCCCUGGAGGUACUAUAUGUGCUAAGGCAUCGAUGCUACUGCAGAGUGUCCCAGCAGCGAUACUCAUUCGAUUUCUGAGGGAGCAUAGAUCUGAAUGGGCUGAUUACAGUAUGGAUGCGUAUUUGGCUUCAGCACUGAAAACAAGCACAUGUUCAUUCCCUGGGCUGCGUCCGAUGAGAUUUUCUGGGAACCAGAUCAUCAUGCCACUUGCUCACACAGUAGAGAAUGAGGAGAUUCUUGAAGUUGUUCGCCUUGAAGGUCAACCUCUCACUCAUGAUGAAGUUCUUUUUUCAAGAGAUAUUGACAUGCUUCAGCUUUGCACAGGAAUACAUGAGAAAUCUGUGGGAUCCUCCUUCCAGCUUGUUUUUGCACCAAUUGCUGAUUUUCCAGAUGAUGCUCCAUUGAUUUCAUCCGGCUUUCGUGUUAUACCACUUGAUACGAAAACAGACAUUGUAUCCUCUGGUAGGACAUUAGAUUUGGCAUCUAGUCUUGAAGUGGGCUCCAUCGCAACCCAAGCCUCAGAUGCAUCUCCAGAUAAUUGUAGUGUGCGAUCUGUGCUGACAAUCGCCUUUCAAUUCCCUUAUGAGCUGCAUUUACAAGACAGUGUUGCAGCUAUGGCCCGUCAGUAUGUCCGUAGCAUUGUUUCUGCUGUUCAAAGAGUGUCAAUUGCUAUCUCUCCAUCUCAAUCUGGUCUAAAUGCUGGGCAGAGGAUACUCUCUGGCUUACCUGAAGCAGAAACACUUGCUCGAUGGAUUUGCCAGAGCUAUCAUUUCCAUAUAGGGGUAGAGUUACUUACCCAAUCAGAUGGAGCUGGGGAACAAUUGUUGAAGAUGCUAUGGCACUACCAAGAUGCUAUCUUGUGCUGUUCUUUUAAGGAAAUACCCGUGUUUACGUUUGCCAACAAGGCAGGACUGGACAUGUUAGAAACUUCGCUUGUUGCCUUACAAGACCUCACAUUGGACAAGAUCUUUGAUGAGUCUGGAAGAAAAGCUCUAUUCUCGGAGAUCUCAAAAUUGAUGGAAGUGGGCCAUGUCUACCUGCCGUCAGGCGUGUGCAUGUCGGGGAUGGGCAGGCAUGUCUCCUUCGACCAAGCUGUGGCAUGGAAGGUGCUGGGCGAGGACAGCACCGUCCACUGCCUGGCUUUCUGCUUCGUGAACUGGUCCUUCGUGUGAUGUGAAGUGAUGUGAUCUGUCCGUCCACCCACGGAACGGCCUCCGGCCGACCUGUGACGAGCAGAUCGCAGUUUUUGGCUGCUGCUUUCUUCCAGAUAGAAAUGAGGAAGAACAUUGACUCAGGCCGUGCCCUAAGCGUGUUAUGUGUUUUGUAAUAGCUCCAGAUGAUGUGGGCAGGGAUCGGUCCAGUGUUAUGAGAACCAUAACACUGGACCGAUCCCUGCCUAGUGUUCUGAGAACAUCGACUCAGGCCGUGCCCUAAUGUGAGAGUACUUACAAUUGAUUUCAGUAUGUAGCACCUGGGGGGAAUUCCCAGGCAGGCAGAGGCCGUAGCGUUCCUACGACAUUUUAACCCUGUGGUUUUGGUUCCAAUAUGUAGCUCUGGAACAGCACUGUGCUGUGUCCGGCCUAGGGGUAGUGAGACCUGGGCCGUUGGUUUCCUUUUGGGAAAAAAAUUCAAGACCUAUAGCGUUGCCCAACAAACGAAAAAGAAAGUAGUCCUUGCACGUGGAGGAUGUGGCGGUGCAUAUUGUGGCUGCUU